GGUGAUUGACGGCGGUGCUGCUGCUGGAAGGUGUCAUGGCUGCUGGCGCUGCGACGGGGAAGGUGCAUGUCAGUGACAUUUUCCGCACCAUGAGCUAUGGACCAGUCCCCGAGACCCCCAAGAACGCCCAGGCCUGGCUAGAUUAUCACAAGCGAUGUUUCGGUCAUUUCAUUGGAGGAAAAUGGGUGAAGCCUGAAAACCGGAAGUUCUCCGCAUCAAAAAACCCUGCUAAUGGAGAAUCUCUGGCCACUACCAUCGAGGGUGAGGAAGCAGAUGUAGAACUAGCAGUUAAUGCGGCAAAGAAGGCUUUUGAGUCCUGGAGCAAGCUGCCAUGUCAUGUGAGAGCGAGGCAUCUCUACAGUGUUGCCAGAAAUGUUCAGAAGCAUCAGAGGCUACUGAGUGUGCUGGAGAGCAUGGACAAUGGGAAGCCAAUCCGUGAGUCACGAGACUGUGACAUCCCGCUGGUAGUGCGACACUUUUAUCACCAUGCUGGCUGGGCACAGCUCAUGGAUGUCGAAAUGAAGGACUGGAAGCCAGUAGGUGUCGUUGCGGCAAUAGUUCCCUGGAACUUCCCUUUGAUGUUGCUGACUUGGAAGAUUUGUCCAGCUCUAGCUAUGGGUAACACAGUGGUGCUGAAACCAGCAUCGUACACUCGACUUACCGCCCUGCUGUUUGCCGAGAUCUGUGCAGAGGCUGGCCUCCCACCCGGUGUGUUCAAUGUGGUGACAGGAAAUGGAGCAUUUGGCAGCAAACUGGCGACACAUCAGAAUGUGGACAAGGUUGCCUUCACCGGCUCUACCACGGUUGGGCAGCUCCUCCGUCGAUCUACAGCUGGCACCGGCAAGAAACUAUCACUGGAACUUGGCGGGAAAUCUCCUUUCAUUGUGUUUGAUACAGCGGAUAUGGACAGUGUGGUAGAAGGCCUGGUGGAUGCGAUUUGGUUUAACCAAGGACAGGUGUGCAGCGCAGGCUCUAGGCUGCUGAUGCAGGAGUCAAUUGCAGACGACCUGAUUAAGCGGCUGAAGCAACGAAUGCAACGCCUACGUGUGGGUGACAGCCUGGACAAAGGCAUUGACAUGGGUGCAUUGGUGGAUGAAUCGCAGAAGAAGACGAUCAUGGAGUAUGUGGAACAGGCCAAGGCUGAAGGAGCAGAUGUGUACCAGAUGUGUGAAGAAAUGCAUCAGAAGACUCAGAAGGGUCUCUUCUAUCCACCCACCCUCAUCACCAAUGUGAACACAGUGUCCCGUGUUGUCCGUGAAGAGAUUUUUGGACCAGUUUUGGUAGCUCUGACAUUCCGAACCACGAAGGAGGCUAUUGCUUUGGCAAACAACUCACCGUAUGGACUCGCGGGCAGCGUCUGGACUGAAAACCUGCCGUUGGCACUGGAGGUGGCAAUGAGUUUGAAGGCUGGUGCGGUCUGGGUGAACGGACACAACAUGUUUGAUGCUGCGGCUGGCUUUGGAGGGUACAAAGAAAGUGGAUUUGGACGGGAUGGUGGAAAAGAGGGCUUGUAUGAGUACGUGAGGCCUGUCUGGGAAGAACGACCCCAUCCGAACCCAGGAGAGGUUCAGUAUGGUACGUAUGCAGCCGUACAUGGAGCAGAUCUACCGCCAAUCCCAGGACAAAUAGCCCGACCCAAGCUACACCAGACUGAUGCCAUUCCGAGCAUUGACCGUACAUAUAAACUGUACUAUGGAGGUGCUCAGAAGAGGCCUUACAGCAUGUACUCGCGGCCCAUUUUUGACCACUGUGGCAGGGCCCUGGCCUAUGUCGGUGAUUGUAACCGGAAAGAUGUUCGAAAUGCAGUCGAGGCAGCUCAUGCAGGAGCACCCGGCUGGGGGAAGCGAGCUGCACACAACAGGGCUCAGAUUAUCUACUACAUGGCGGAGAACCUGGAGGUACGCCGGGAAGAGAUGGCGCAGCACCUGAGCACCCUGACUGGUGUUGACAUCGAGGAAGCCCUAAGAGAAGUGGACUCAAGCAUUGAGAGACUUUUUUACUGGGGCGCCUAUUGUGACAAAUAUGGGGGCACAGUGCAGGAAACCCUGCUUUAUGGUGCCACAGUCAUGGUUCGGGAGCCGGUUGGGGUGAUAGCCAUUGCGUGCCCAGAUGAGAAUCCCCUGCUCAGCUUUGUGAGUCUCUUUGCUCCAGCCAUUGUUCGAGGAAAUGCAGUCGUCAUUGUCCCCAGUGAGAGGUAUCCUCUGCCAGCCUUGGAACUCUACCAGGUCUUUGAAACCUCUGAUCUUCCUGCCGGUGUUGUGAAUAUUCUGACUGGAUGUCGAGACCACCUCAGUAAAUUCCUAGUCGAGCAUCAAGAUGUCCAAGCCAUGUGGUAUUUCGGAUCUGAAAAAGGGUCAAAGUUUGUUGAGUGGUCAUCAGCUGCAAAUGUGAAGCGGACCUGGGUGAACUACGGGGUCCAGCGUGACUGGUGGAACCCUCAGCAGGGGGCAGGAGAAGAGUUUCUGUACCAAGCUACACAGUGCAAGAACAUCUGGAUUCCAAUGGGAGAAAUCUUUGCCAACUAGAGCCACAAUACCUUGGGCUAACAGACUACAACAUUCCCCCACCUUUCCAGAAUGUACUUCUUGUUUCAGGAGGGCAACAAUCAAUGAUUUUUAACAGUCUAGCUAAAUUUACAUGCCUUUCCCAUUGUGACAUGAAUAUUGAGUUAGACAGCAAACAGCAAAGUUUUCCAACCUAAUUGGUCACAGAUCUGGUCAAUACUUUCACUCGUGUUGGUAGGGUAUCUGAUGAGCGGGAAACACAGACAACAGCUAUCAGCAAACUAAAAGAAUAAUGUCCAUAUCGUUUAUAGAUUUCAGACUGGCAUAAAUUGGGGAUCAGAAAUGGAUCAUAGCUCAGAUGACAAUGAACAGGUUUAGUUUUUUUUUGUAACUGCAGUUUCGACUGUUGUAAAUUAAAGUGUGUUUCAAGUUU